AUGAGUUUUCUGAAAGCGAAAAUUCAUGUUUCAAUUUUUAAUAAUUAUGUGGAUUUUUAUGAAGAGAAAAAAUUAGAAAAUAAUGAAUCAAAUUCAAUAAAGAAAAAUAAUGAAUUAGGGAAUAAAAUUGAAUUGAAAUUAAAAAAAAGCAAAGAGAAAAGAUCAAAAAUAAAUGGGAAUAAUGCUUACAAUAAAGGAUUUAAGGCAGAAAAUUUAACUAAAUAUAAUUUUAAAAAUGAUAAAAAAAAGGAGAGUAAAAAAAAGAAGUGUAUCUUAAAAAUAAAUAAUAAAACUAUUAAUAUUUUAAAUAAUGAAAGAAGUAACAUAAAUAAAAAAAAAAAAAACUCUAUAGCUUUGCUAAAAAAUGAUAUAUCUUCAAAUAAAAAAAGUGAAAUAACUAAUAAACUUAGCAUAAUAAGGUUUCAUAAUCAAAAAAUUAAUAAAAAAAUAAAGAACACAUUUGUAAAUCAUAUGAAAGCAAAUUCGAGGCAUAUGUUUUUGAAUAGAAAGCGAUGCUAUAAUUUUUUAAUUUUUUUAAAAAAGGGUUUUAAAGUAAAGAAAAAUAAAAUACACAAAACUUAUAAAAAUUCUAUAAAAGUAAAAUCAAAAAAUUCAUGUGAAAUUGAAUCGGAACAAAAAUUAAAUAAAAUAUAUGAUAAAUCUUAUAAACUAAUAGAUAGAAACUUUAGUGAUAUUAUAAAUGAAAAAAAGGAUAAAACAAAAAUAAAUAAACAUGAUAUAGGAAAUAAAGAUUAUGAUAAAUAUAAGAAGUGCAAAAAAAAAAAUAAAAAUAAAAAUAGAAAAACUUAUGAGGAAGCUGUAAAUAAUGAAGAAAAAAUUGUUCUUUCAUUAGUAAAUAUGAAAAGAAAAUUUAUAAAUUGCAGUGAUUACAAAAAAAAGGAUAAAAUUAUUAGAAAUUCAACUGAAAUAUCGAAAAAAAAAAAAAAUUUGGAAAUAGAAAAGUUUCAGAAUUAUGAUUCGAAUAAAGAAAAAGAUGAAAUACUUAAUAAUAAGAAGGAAUCUAUUAACGAAUUAAAUAUUAAAAAAGAAAAAGAAAAACUUGAUAUUAAUGAUACUCAAAUAUUAAAGAAAAUUGCUUUCUUAAAUAAGAAAAUCACAUUAACUAAGAAUGAUAAAAUAAAAAGUAGUAAUAAAAAAAGAAAGAGUACUUUUUAUAGUGAAAUAAAUGAAAAUAUAAAAUCAAAAAAUAAAAAUGAAAGUGGAACCAUCGAAAAAACUAAUAUACAAAAUAAAAUAAUGGAAAAUUUUUUAGAAGAAUUUGGUAAAUCAGAAAUAAAAGAUAACGAAAAUAAAGAAAAUGAAAAUGAAAAUAAUAAUAAUAAUAAUAAUUAUAAAAUUCAUAAUUCUAAUACUAAGAAUUUUGAAUCAGAAGCAUUAAUGAAUGAUAGAAAUAGUGAUACUAAUUAUGAAAGUAAAGUAGAUUAUAUUAAAAUAGUUGGACAAAGUAAAAAAAAAACAUAUAUAAUUAAAAAAAAGGAAAAUAUUAUAAAUAAUAAUAAGUUGAAAAGUAAUAUUUACAAUUACAUUGAUGUUACUUCAAUUAAUAAAUUAAUCAGCAGUGCUACCGAUAUUAAAAAAUAUGGGCGUCAAAAUAAAAUAAAAAAAAAACAUUACAAUAUAAAAUUAAAAAAUUCAUACAAUUUUAAUGAUAAUAUUACUGAAACUAAUGAAAUUAAGGAGGGUAAUAACGUAAAUAAUGAAAAUAACUUAAAUAAAAAUGUAGAUAAUGAAAAUAAUUUAAAUAAAAAUGUAGAUAACGAAAAUAAUUUAAAUAAAAAUGUAGACGAUGAAAAUAAAAAUAUAAGUGAUGAAAAUAAAAAUAUAAUUAAUAUAAAUAAAAAUAUAAAUGAUGAAAAUGAAAAUAAAAAUAAAAACAAUGAAAAUGAAAAUAUAGAAAAUAUGAAUGAAAAUAUAAUUAAUGUAUAUAAAAAUAAAGAUGAAAUAGAUAAAAGUAAAGAGGAUUCCAAUAAAAAUAAGGAUGAAAUAAAUAAAAUCAGAGAUAGUUUAUCAAAAAAUAAAGAUGAACAUAGCAUUGGUAAUGUAAAUAAUAACUUUGAAAACUCUAUUCAUGGAGAAAAUAACAAAAUUGUUAAUGAUACUAUUAAUAAAAAAAUUAGCAAUACUAAUAAUAAUAAUAUAAAUAAUAUUAGUGAUAGCAAAAAUUUUAAUAUAUAUAAUAAUGAAAAUAAUAGUAACAAAGAUGAUUUCUUUGAAAAGAAUAAUCUUUCACUAGAUGAAAAUAAAAACUGUAAAGAAAUGUGCAUUGUUAAAGAAAACGGUUUAAAUUUAAAUGAAUACAUUAUAUUAAAAGAAAUAAAAUCAAAACAAGAUAAUGAAAUAAUUCAGUUAAAUUUAGAUUCCUCUUUUUAUGCAUCUAAAGGUGCUGGCUUAUAUAACUAUGGACAAAACAUAUGCUUCUUUAAUAGUAUUAUUCAAGCAAUUAUAAGAAUUCCAUAUAUUUGUAAAGAUUUAUUAAAUAAACUGCAUUCAUUAAAUUGUGAAAAGAGAAAAAAAAGGAUCUUUUGCUUUUACUGCUUAUUUGAAGAAUUCGCUUGUAAUAUUAUAUCAAAGAAAAGUGUAAUAAAAAAUGUUUUAAUUCCAUAUAUUAAAAAAUAUAUCUGCAAUAGCUAUAAUAUAGGCUAUCAAGAGGAUGUACAUGAAUAUUUAAGAUAUUUUUUGUGUUCAUUAGAAAAAUGUUCUUUUUUUUCAUCCAUUUAUAUACAGAAAAUGUUUACAGGUGUUACUAAGAAUGUUACGAUAUGCAUGAAGUGCAAUAAUGUUUCUCUCAAGUAUGAACAAUAUUACGAAUUAUCAUUAGAUAUAAGUUCGUCUAAUAAUCUAGAAGAUGCUUUAAAAAAUUUUUUAUCAAAAGAAAUGUUAAUGGGAGAAAAUGGUUAUUAUUGCGAAAAAUGUAAAAAAAAAAAAACUGCAUCAAAACAAUGUAUUAUAAAUAAAUUACCAAGAGUUUUAACUAUACAAAUUAAAAGAUUUUUUAUGAAUUCUAACUAUCACAUUGUAAAAAAUCACAAAAAUAUAACAUAUCCAUUAUAUUUAGACAUGAAAUGUUAUGUUAAUAACUAUGAUUUAUUUGAAAAUAAUUUUAAUAAUAAUGUUAUAUCUUUAUAUGAAAAAAUGAUAUCAGGUAGUAAAGCAAAGAACGACAUAAAUAAGAGUGAGACUAAUUUUAACAACUUUAAUGAAAAUAAGAAUGAAAUAAAGUUUAAAGAUUCAAAUAAAAAUCAGAGUGAAAUAAAUUUUAAUAAUUUAAAUAGAAAUCAAGCAUUUUUUAGAGAUUAUAACGUAGAUAAAAAUAUGAUUUCAAAUAAAACUAAAUUAAGAGGGGGUGAGGACAAUCAAAGUAUUCAUGUAUUGAAAGAAAUUGAAAAUAUAUUUUCAGAUUUGAAAAGUGAAGUUUGUAAAAAAAAAAUAGAAAAAAAAUUAUCUAUUUCUAAUUUAAGAGAUAUAAUAAUAGAAAAAAGGAAGCUUAUUAUAAGAGAAUUAAAAAAAAUUAGAUUCUCAAAAUUUUAUAAAGAUGUUUCUUUAAGAAUAUCCAAAGAUAUUGACACACUUUAUUCAUACUUUACGAAAAAUUUUCAAAAUGAGAAUUUUAACAUAAAAACUUUAUUAUUUAAAUAUAAAGUAGAUAAUUAUGAAAAUAUGAAAAAUGAAGAAAUGUUCAUUAAAAAUGACAGAAUAAAUAAUAUAAAAAAUAAUGGAAAAUUUAAUGAAAAAAAAAAAAAUUCACAAAAUUAUGUAAGAAACAAUCAUUUUUACUAUGAAUUAACUGGUUUAAUUAAACACAUUGGAUCAGGAACAGAAUAUGGGCAUUAUGUUGCCUUAACAAAAUCAAAUAAUAAUAUUUAUUUACAAUGUGAUGACAGUAAUGUUUCAUAUAUCAAUGAAAAGGACAUACUAAGCUGUGUAAAAAAUGCAUAUGUUUUUAUAUAUACAUGUAUUAAUCCUCGUUUUAUUGAUUUUUAUAACAAGUAUGUAGACGUUUUAGAAAAAAAAAAUUUUGAUAUUAAUUUACCUGUAUUCGAAAAGCAUGUUGAAUUUAAAGAAAGGAUAACUAUGCCUAAACACAAGUUUAUAAACAAAUCAUUAUUUUACUAA